AUGGAGACACCACCUCGCAAAAGACAGAAAGUAUCUCUUCAAGAUUCCUCAUCGCCAUUAGUGGAAACGCCAGGAAGGGGUGUGGAAUUUGGUGAUAUCUCUGAUGGUGGACACGAAAGACGUUCGCCAAGUAAAAGAAUGAAUUCUCAUGAAGAUGUUCAUACCAACACGGUUUUACUGGAGGAGGAAAUUAAUGUCGAGGCACUUGAUGAAAAUAAUGGACCAAAUGCUCCAGUUAUUGCAGAGUCAGUAGACGAAAAGGAUGAUAUUGGUAAGAGUAAGAACACUAAUACCCAUAAGGAUGAUUUGGAAAAUAACCAAAAUGGCACUGAUGAUGACCACGUGGAAGAAAAGAGCGAUACACAUCAUUCCAUCUCAAUCACAGCUUUAUCACCGUUAAAGCUGGGUUCCGCCACUGAAGCAAAUUGUUCCAAAGGUUCAAAUGAAGAAGAAGAUAUGGAACAAGAACAUAGUCCAGAGCCAGCAUUCAAGCACCUGAUAUCUCGUUUUAACAGUAUUGUCGAUGAUCUUUCCAACUUGAAUGAGACUUUAACGUCAGUACAUGAAGCAGAGAAUGUUGUAUCUUCAACGUUAAUUGAAUUUGCCCAGCUGCAAAACAAGUACGAUUCAACAAUCAAUGAAUUGAACAUCAAAUUACAGAAGAGUUUGACUACAAUUAAUGGUUUAAACAAUGAAGUUGCAUCCUUUAAGCAAAAAGUUGAUAAUAUGCAUUUAACCAUUGAACAGUCUCAACUCGACAAUCAGAAACUGUCGUCGUCAAACGAGUUACUGAUGACUGAAUGUGAAACACUGAAGUCUACUAUAGAAAAACUGAACUCCGAGAUUGCGGCAGAGAAAAACAAAAGAGCAACGAUUAACAGUAAGGUCCAGCAAUUGAAGGAAUCAGCCGAACCAAUCCUUAGUAGUUAUGCAUCAAUUCAGCAACAGUUGGUAGAAUUACGCAAUGAAAAUACACAAUUGAAGGGUACAAUCAACGAGCAACAAGUUAAGAUUUCAUCUUUUGAUGAUACCCUGAAGCAGGAGCUUGAAUCACUUGCUCAGGAAUUGUACAUUCAGUAUGCGGAGAAACACGAAUCCAAAAUCAGUAAACUUCGUGCUGCCUACGAAACCAAGUAUUCAAAGAAACAUGCGCUUUUUAACGAAAAACUUAAACUAUUACAAGAACAGCAAAAUACACUUCAGAAGGAGCUCUCCCAUGUCAAGCAGAGAUUACAAGUAGAGACCAACGAAAAACACCAGCUUGUGAAACUUUGGGAUGAGUAUGUAGCGCUAGAUAAAAAGGAUGUUGACCAGAUGUCAAACUUUGUUAAACGUCUUAAAUAG